CCUAUCUCAACCACCAGCUCAGCCACCUCAUCAGAUAAGAUCCCAACUAGCACCAAAAAUGCAAAAGAUGUUGCGGCUGCCAUAAAAACAUCAACGCCCGAUAUAGAAAUUUCCAAAACCAAAUCCACGUCCGCAGCACCAGUAGUUUGUUCCGAGACCGAGUCGACUAUUUCCAACAAAACCAACCGGUCUGUUUCCUGGGCGGAGAACUACGACGAGGGCGAGGCGCCGCCGAGUAUUCAGGCACGAACCGCGCAGCUGAACGGAGAAGAGGUGGAGGAGGAGGAUUCCGACGAUUUGGAUUUUCUAGAGGAGGAAGAGGAGGAUUCGUUCGAGCCCAAUUUCCUCGGGAUCGACUGGAACCAGUUGACGCCGGAGGAUCUGAUUGCGCUGUUGCAGCAGCGGGAGAUGAUGGAGGAGAAGAAAAACAUGAAAGCGGGAACUAGUAGUACAAAAGAACAGAACAACGUGACGAAUGAGAACCAAAACGGCGGAAAGAUCAUCUCUCUCACCGGACCGAAACCACAGAAAAUCCAGUCAACUGCGACGUCUAGUUCAAUAUCGGUAAUCCCCCUUCCAGCAGCCGCUGCGCCGGAUGAACAGUUGCUAGUGCAGCCGUCAGUCGUAGCUUCUUCAUCCGCUGCUACUGCGAGCACAGGUAGUUCAACAUCCGCGGGCGAUCUUCCUUCGUCGGCAAGCAAUAGAACUACUCGGAAGGUGCUUAAUCUCGCUCGUCUAGAAAAGCCAUCAGAGGACGAGGAGGUGGACGCGAUGGCGACCAGUGAGGCGGAAGAAGUAUUAGAAACUCCUACAACUAUCACAGAAGUCGAGGAAGAGGACGAAUUGACAAAAUUUCUCGCCGAUUUGAAGGACGAAGGUUCAGCAUCUUCGCAGAAGACGGAGUAUCAGAACAAGGAGCUGUCGAAGCAGGAUUUAGAUUUCAUCAAUGAUUGUUUGAAACCGGAGGAUAAUGUAGCUCCCCAUGCGAAUAAUCAACCAAAGAACGGAGGUCAAGCAGAUCCCGGCCAGCGGCAGGAACAACUACAACAACCCGCACUGCCUACUGCGUCUGAACAAGAAAAUAAUACCAGCGACUGGUCGAACCAGCAGCAGAUGCUGUUUGAUUUCCUCUGUCAGCAGGGUCUGGACGUCCAGAAUUUUGACCCAAACAAUCCGCAGAUGAUGCUGAUGCCUGGAACUAGUGGGAACAACACGUCGAACCAUCUGGGGGGACCCUACGUAUCAAAUGCAAAAAUGUCUGGGUCUGGAAGAAUGCGAACUUGUGAUGCGUGUUGCGGAUCAUACAAAAAUCUGUGUUGCAUGACUUGCAAAAGGUCCCUAUUUCUCGCCACGCUGAGGCUGAGAGGGCAUUUCUCAUGCAUAUUGUGCAUCACCAAGGGGCUGCAGAACCUGCGAUGCUAGGCCCUGCAUGCCAGACUUGGCGGAGCUUGGAAAAACUGCAUGGCAAAUCUCGGAAUCUUCCAGACCCAGACAUUUUUACAUUUGAUACUACGGGCAGACGGACGAUUACACGAGUGAGUUGGAAGUGGGCAGUGGAAACUGUUUGGAUCCGUGGGAAGAGGGGGAAUUGGUGGAGGAGAAAGAGGAGGCUGAUCAAGGUGCAGUGGCAGAACUGUUGCCAGUAGUGGCGUCUGCUCCUGCGGAGGAAAUAGACGGUGGCAGGACCAAGAAGGACACAACUACCUCGACCGUUAGUGGUGGAGGAACUACACCGAUUUCUUGUUCAUCCGCUACUGCCCGCCCAACAUCGACAGUGGACGCAGCUGCAAGAAGACCACCGACAGCACCAGCAGUGCCGGAACAGAAGCAAGACAAGAUGGAAAUCGAUGAUGCGGAACGCAAGGCAGACGAGGAGGAGACCACAAAUUCGGACUGGGAAGAAGAAUGCAGCUCCGAGUGCGAGGAGGAAGCUUUAUCUGAGGAGGAGUCUGUAUCAGAAGAAGAGGAAUUAUCAUCUUGCACGGAGGAUUACUCUCUUCCGGAUGAGCCGAUCGACUUGGAAAAGAUUUUGAAGGAGCGGGGACACUUGUUGAACGACAGUACGAGUUUGGAGGUUCCGGAAAGAACUACUACAGAGGAUGACGAUGAAAAUCAUCAAGUGGAAAGAACAGAGGAUAUUAAGGACGCACUCAUUUCGAUUUCAUCCUCCACGACGACAUUACCAGCCACCGCCCCCGCCGGCCAAAGAUGGGUCCCUCCGCAUUUGCGAAAAAAGGCAAACGCCAUGUUAUCCGCCGGCGAAAAUGAUUCAGAUACGAACGCCCUGAAGCAGAAGCUGCAGGGGUUGCUCAAUCGGUUGUCCGAGGGAAAUCUGGAUGGGAUCGCCAUCGACGUUUGUGCGCUGUUGAAGGAAAAUUUGAAGAGCAGAACAACGUCAUCUGCGGCUACUUCUGAAAUCAGCAAAAGUUGUCCCUUAGUAUUCACCUUCUUUGCCGACGCUGUUUACAAAAACGCGUGCGAAAACCCGCACAUUUCCAUCCUGGUCGUCGCUUGCUACGCCGCGGUUGUGGUUGCUGCCUGCAGCACGGUGGACGUGAGAUGUCUAUCCGCGGUGACGCAGCUGCUGGAGAAGAAGUUUUACGACUACAGUACAGGGGAAAAAGGCGGUAUGGAAAAUAAAAGCGCAUCUGCGCAGCUCAACACCGAGGAGCAGAGAAAAGCGCAAGAGCAGCAGCAACUUGUGAUGAAAAACGUGGUCCUGCUGAUUGCCCUCCUCUUUCACUUCGGCGUGUUACCCGCGAGCGUGAUUUUCCAAAUGUUCAAGAAGCUGAUGAAGCCGUUUGAGCAGGAAGAGCAAAUGAGCUGCAACACAACCACUUCGAACAAACAGCACCUCUUCGAGCAGAGAAUUGACAUUGCGCUCGCGAUUUUGCGGUACAGCGGGAAGAGUUUGCGGGCACGGUAUCCUUCGGAUUUCAAGCAGAUCUUGGACUACUUGCUCAAACUACCACUGUUUCGGGACCACGACGACGCAGGAGGUUUAGUACAACUUUCGGGAGCUGCUGCAUUGGGCGCCACUGAUAAUAUCAUGGAUAAAGACCAGGAAAAUUUGAAGUCUCGGGUGAAGGCGAAGGCUCUGGAGAUGUCGACAAGCAAAGCCGGGACGAGAAAUCAAAAGAAGCAGAAUAUUAACGCCGCUUCUGGAGCACUAUCAAGUCCAGCUUUCGUCGACUCAACCCGCUUGGAGUUCUUCCGACAGGAGCUGUUUGAGCUGCACAAGGGAAAAAAGGGUGGUUUUACCGCGAUGGACCGGUUUCGGCAGACGGAGACGUGGCUGAACAGCUGUGUUCUGCUCAACCCAGACGUCGCAGGUGGGAAGAUGUUGAGAGGGAACAAUGGGAGCUGUAGUUCAACUACAUCAGCGGACCCAUCCUCUGCCGCGUCGAGCUCCAAGAAGAAAAAGACGAAAGCUCUGAUGGAAGCCAAGAACGCUAACUCGCUGAUUCUGCCACCAGUGACGUUGAAGCGGGAAUUUCUGAACUUUGACUGUGAUCAUGGUGAUAAUUCAACAUCAGCUACAUCUGGAGCUGCUGCUGGUGCGGGGUUUUACUACACUGUCGAAGAGGAAGAGGAGGAAAGGAAAAGACAAACUUCAACUAGCACAGGCGUGGCGUUGACAUCAAAAUCAGUCGAGAGAAGUCUUCAUGCACCGGAAGCAGGAGCAGUCCGAGGCGCGCCGCAACAAUCUUCUUCAUCAGUGGAAACAAGAAGUGCUGGUGAAGGGAACGCGACAAUUUCUGGUUCUGAUUCAGCCUCACUUUCGAGAAAUAAAUCCACCACAUCUCCCUCCACCCAAAACGACCAACUCCUCCAACUGGCGAAGGAGCAGCGGCUCGCGACCGACAGCAAAAGGUCGGUAUUUGUUGCCUUACAGGGGGCGGACGACGAUGCGCACGCGAUUUUGCGAAUCAAGGAACUGAAAAUCCCCCCGAAGCAGAAGUGCAAGGACGUCGCGGAAGUGGUCAUUCACUGCGCCUUGCGGGAUGUGAACAGCAGCCCGGCGGAUGGUCGUGCUUUCAACCCGUUCUACUCUCUCGUGAUGCUCGGACUCUGUGCGGGUUCUAGCACAGCGAGCGACAGCAAGAAGUACCAGCACGCAUUCAAGAACGCGCUGAUCCCGCGGAUUCAAGAGGUCCACAAGUACAGCAUCCAGCCCAUGUUGAACCUGGCGCUGCUGUUCGCCAGCGGGGUGGCGGAGGAUGGCGUGUUGCCGUUGUCCCUGUUGCGGUAUUUGGACUUCUCCGACGCGGUGGCCGGAACUGGGUCGUUUUCGCUCUUCCAGGGACCGCACGGAAUGUUCAUGCGGGAGGUGUUGGCGCAGGUGUUGGAAUUUUUGGAUUCGCUCGACGCGUUUGACGCGAUCUUCUCGCCUCUGAAGCAGUACGAAGAUUUGAAGGAGGGGGUCUUGAUCGCGUUGCGGAAGUUGGUGAAACCGUUUUUGCUGGAGAAGGCCGGGAAGGGUGCUGGCGGGAGCAAGGAGUCGGAAGACGUGAAAUUGAAGUUGAGACACGCGGAAAGAUGCUUGGUGGUAAAGUAGAGGACAGGGAUGUUAAUAGUGAUGAUGAUGAGGAAAGCUGCUCACCAUGAUGUGUGUGUUUUGAAGUUUGAAGUCACGACUUCUUGGACCAACGCGCAAAACGAGUACGUAGGAAUAAUUCAUUGAAAU